AUGAGUGACGCCCAGGCAAAUGAGGCUGAGAAGAACAUCGAGAUCUGGAAGGUGAAGAAAUUGAUCAAGCGCCUCGAGGCUGCCCGAGGAAAUGGAACUUCCAUGAUCUCUCUCAUCAUUCCGCCCAAGGACCAGGUGUCCCGAGCAGCAAAGAUGUUGGCAGAAGAAUACGGAACCGCAUCCAACAUCAAAUCCCGUGUCAACCGUCAAUCCGUCCUGUCUGCCAUCACCUCUACCCAACAAAGACUCAAGUUGUACAACAAAGUCCCUCCAAAUGGGUUGAUCGUCUAUUGCGGAGAAAUCUUGACUUCCGAGGGCAAGGAGAGAAAGGUCAACAUCGAUUUCGAACCAUUUAAGCCUAUCAAUACAUCCCUGUACCUCUGUGAUAACAAAUUUCAUACAGAGGCUUUGGCUGAGUUGAUGGAGUCAGACCAGAAAUUUGGAUUCAUCAUCAUGGAUGGUAACGGAGCUCUCUUUGGAACCUUGAGUGGUAACACAAGAGAUGUGAUCCACAAGUUCUCUGUCGAUCUACCAAAGAAGCACGGCCGUGGUGGACAAUCUGCCCUUCGUUUCGCUCGUCUCAGAGAAGAGAAGCGCCACAAUUAUGUUCGUAAGGUUGCUGAACUGGCUGUACAGAAUUUCAUUACAGCCGACAAGGUCAAUGUUGCUGGUAUCAUCUUGGCUGGUUCUGCAGAUUUCAAGAAUGACUUGAACCAGUCAGAUCUGUUUGACAACCGCCUCGCGACCAAGGUCAUUAAGGUUGUUGAUGUUUCCUACGGAGGAGAAAAUGGCUUCAAUCAAGCAAUUGAACUUUCUGCAGAGACUCUCAGCAACGUCAAGUUUAUCCAGGAGAAGAAGCUCAUUGGCAAGUACUUUGAGGAAAUCAGUACAGAUUCUGGACGCAUCUGCUACGGUGUUGAGGAUACUUUGAAGGCGUUGGAGCUCGGAGCCGUCGAGAUUCUGAUCGUAUUCGAGAAUCUGGAGAUCAACCGAUGGACCUUGAAGAAUGCUGCCGGAAAUCUGACUAUCCUACACACCACUAAGGCUCAGGAAGCUGGCGACAGAGAGCAAUUCAUGGACAGGGAGACCGGACAGGAAAUGGAAGUCGUCAGCCAGGAAUCUUUCCUCGAGUGGAUCGCCGAGAAGUACAAGGAUUUUGGUGCUACCUUGGAGUUUGUUUCCGAUCGCUCUAGUGAAGGAAACCAGUUCGUCAAGGGCUUUGGUGGUAUUGGCGGACUUCUCCGAUACAAAGUCAACUUCGAACAGUUGGCUGAAGUUGAUGACGAUGAUGACUACUAUGACGGCGAGGAAUCAACUGUAGUCGUACCAUCCAAUCAGAAUCUGUCACCCCGCCCCAGUGCCGCGCCGCAGAUUCGACAGCAGCCUGCUCCCGUAGGCUCGCGCCAGAGACGUGCUAUCAACAAGCCCAGCCCUCUCCGGUCCGUCACGAUGGCUACUUAA